AUGGGCCUCAAACGGGCGGUGGCGGGGAGGAAAGCGGCUGCGAGCGGCGGCAACAGCAGCAAGUACGAAAUCGUCACACCAGGCGAGGUCAUAACAGACGACCCGCAGUGGAUGCGCGGACACGGCACGUACGUGGCGCCGGCAACGACGUCCAUCAUCUCGUCGGUGGCCGGCACCGUGACGCGGACCAAUAAGCUUCUCUCGGUGCGGCCGCUGCGGGCGCGGUAUACGCCCGAGGUCGGCGACCUGGUGGUCGGCCGCAUUGUCGAGGUGCAGGCUAAGCGGUGGCGGGUCGACGUGGGGUCGACACAGCUAGCGUCGCUUCCGCUCAGCGCCAUCAACCUGCCCGGCGGCAUCCUGCGCAAGCGCACCGAGACGGACGAGCUGCAGAUCCGUACCUUCUUCGCCGAGGGCGACCUGCUGGUGGCAGAGGUGCAGCAGCUGUUUGCCGACGGCGGCGCCGUGCUGCACACGCGCUCGCUCAAGUACGGCAAGCUGCGCAAUGGCGUCUUCGUCGCCGUGUCAGGCAUGGGCGGUGGCGGCGGCGUUGUACGCAGUCGGCGCCAGGUCUGGACGCUGGAGUCGGCCAACGGCGGUGGGCCCGUCGACAUUGUGCUCGGCGUCAACGGCUACGUGUGGAUCAGCAAGCACGUUGAGACGCCCGAGGGCCUUGUCGACAAGACCAGCGGUAUCACGAACAUCGAGGAGAGUGUCAGCGCCACCAUGUACUCGAGCCAGAACGACCGCAUCGGCCCUGAGACCAUGCGCGAGAUUGGGAGGAUACGCGGCGUGGUAACGGCACUGGUGGACAACGGGCUCCGCGUCGAUGAGGACAUGGUCAUGAGGGGCUACCAUGAGGCUGUAGAGAUGGCAAUGGCAUCGGGCGAGGGGCCGGAAGAUAUCUACCUAGGCGGAGAGAGGGGCGAGCAUCUCGCUGCUGCGCUCACAGCGGUUUAA